AUGCGCGUCAACACAUCUGCUGCGCCGGCACGAGCGAGGACCAUGGCCCUGGAGAGGAUAUCGCGACCAGUUGCAAUGGCUGCGUCGCGGCGAUUGCCGCUUGCGGCUCGGCCGAGGGGGAGAUGGUACGCGACGGCCAAGGAGCCUGGCCCAACUUCCCAGUUCUACAAGACGUUUACGCGACCGAUUGCAAAGGUGCUCGUUGUCGCCGUCUUCUCGUACCAGCUCAUCUACUGGGGAUGGGUGAAGCUCGAGGCGGACGAGCACCGACAAAAGACAGACGCCGAGAUUGCCGACCUGGAAGCAAAGGUUGGCACCCUGGACAAGGCACUAAAGGACGAUGCGGAGGCCAAAGAGGCAGAGACGCCAAAGAAGAAGAAGGGGGGCUGGUGGUGA